AUGCCUGGAGUUAAUGGUAAAUUAAAACCAUCCCAGAAAUGGACAUCUUUAACGGUUGAUGGUAUUGAUCCAACUGUCAAUGAUAACGGACCAACUGCAUUAAAUUAUAAAAUUUUAACUGAAGAGCUAAUCAAACCAUUUGAAAUUGGUUGA